CUAGAGUCCUGCACCAGCUUGAAAAUAACGAAGAAGCUUUUUUUUGCAAGAGCGUAAAAACUUUUUUAACGUGCCUUGUAUAAUCUUAUCUGUAUGUAACCAAAAUCAAUUCUCCCUUAAGUUUUUUAUUAAAACGUAUGUAAGCAAGUUUGCUUAUUUCUUUAUGAGGAAGCUUCGAUUUGAUUUUCUGUGCAAAUCAAUGCCAAGAUAGUUUGCACUGCAUCGAUAAAUCAAAUUUCCAGUUCAUCACAGAUUUCGUUUUGUAUUUAUAAUUUGUGUUCUUUUCACAUUAUUUAAGCCUAAUAUGUAGCCUAUUCAACUGCUUUUAAGGAAAUGAAGUACAAAUAGCACCGUAAACAAAAUUCUAUAGUCUUUAAUGACAAACACUGUCAAUUGGCAAGCCUGUCCCUUAUCGAUGCCUUAAGAACAUUUUGAACUUAGCUAACUUAUGGCUUUAGGCAAUUUUCAAUGGCAAAGGAAGCUUUCAAAGUUUUGCGGACGAAGUCGCUACAUAUUCCAUACAUUCUUGAAAAAUUUACCUCGCUCGCACUUCGUUUUUGUCGUUCUGGCCCCGCUUUUCAUAUUUCCGUUGUUGUUAAUCGUAAAAGGGCAUUUUGAAGAAGACAUCUGUACAAUUCGUCAACAGAAUAAGACCUAAAUACAAAAACUUCUUUUUUAAAGGCCAUAUUUAACUUGGUUUUUAAUAAAACAGAAAUGCUGUAUCGAUUUAUGGAUUUUUCUUUUGAUUAUAUUGUGGUUUUCAGAUUUUCUUAGCAAAAUGCUAGUUCAUAUUUAUUUAAAGUUUCGCUUUAUGUUGAUUAGAAAAUGCUGAUUAAAAAUCAUUUGGUUUUUUUGGACUGAAAAUCUCUUUUCUUUAAAUAUUAAAUUUUUGAGCAUAGUAGAAAAGAGGCUGAUGUACUAACUAAUCGAACAGCAUAUGACGUCAAAUCAAUGAAUACCGCUUUCGAACGCGUGGCUUAGAAUCUUCGCGUUAGAAGAAAUCGAUUGGAUGCAUAAAGAAUCUUGGAGAGUUCUCUUUACAUGCUUAGUUACAGAAAAUGCUGGCAAAACUUGCACGUGGCUCAUCUUUUAAUGAUAUUGAACUACCCGACAUGACAGAGUUGCCAAAGUUGCAUCGUGCGGCAUACUCAAAGGACGUCGAGAGGGUUGGUGAGAUCCUUAGCAAAAGAAGAGUAGACGUGGAUAAGAGAGAUAGCAGAGGAAGAACUGCUUUUCAUUAUGGAUGCCUUGCUGGGUCAACUGAAGUUAUUGAGCUCCUUCACAGCCAUUGCCCAGAUCUUCAUUUACGCAAAGAUAGUCAAGGCCGUUGUCCUGCAUACUUGGCCAUCAAGCAUGGUCAUUUGGACUGUAUCAAGCUACUUUUUGUUUAUGGGAAAAAUUUUGAUGAAAAAGAUGAUAGUGGAAUUUGUCCUUUGCAUUUUUCCAUAACCGAGCAUCAGACGGAAAUAGCUAAGUUCCUGAUCAAAAACGGAAAUGCUGAUUUAAAUGCCAAAGAUCCGCAUCUUCUUACAGCAUUGCACCAUGCUUGCGCAAAUGGACUUUUGAGCACCGCAAAGCUUUUAGUAGAGUCUGGUGUCAAAAUCAAUGCAAAGGAUUGCUAUGGCAGAACUCCACUGAUGCUUGCGGCAGCAGAUGGGUCAGAGGAAUGUGUUAAAAUGCUUAUUGAGAAUGGUGCAAAUCCCGAAAUAUCAGAUCGACGAGGUCUUACUGCAAAGGCUUGGGCUCUAAAAAAAGACCAUCACCGGCUUUUGACUAUCUUGGACGGAACAUCAAACCAAUCUACAUCUGGAUGUAAAAUGGAUAGUGAGGAUUCAGGUGAAAAGGCAGCUCUAAAGCAAAUGUCCAAUACACCAGAGUCUACUAAAGGACAAUGUGAUCAUGAUGCAAGUCCUAGAAGCUGCGAAGAUGAAGGCGAGGCAAGCAGCAGUUCUUUUUCAGAAAAUGAUGGCUUUGUACAGGCAGUGACUUCAUCCCCAUCAGAAACCCUCUUUCUUCUUGAAACAAGCUCAGCAGAAAUGAAGAACAAUGUGAAUGUACAAAAAACAAAUACAGAUUACCAUGAAUUGACUAAUAAACCCGAUAAAGAAGCAACAAAUAAUUCAAAAAAAUCCAACAGAAGUCAUGUGCGUUUUGCGGAAAAUCCUGAGAUUGUUCAGUAUGGCAUCUCUUCUGAUAACCAAUCUUCAACUAAAACGAUGCUGAGCACAAGUGAACAAAAUUCCACUCAAGAAGCGGCCAUGUCCGUUUCAGAAAACACGGUUCAGCCUAAAAUUUGGGACAAUAACGUGUUAAGUGAGACUCAGGAACAGAUCAACCAGGAAAAAGUUGCUAAUGUAAAUAUUAGUUCUGGUACAGUAAAUGAAGGAAGACGAAUGUCAAAUGUCAUCUAUUCUAAGGAGUCCUUCGAAAAUGACUUGGUAAACUUUAGUAAAGAGUGUUCUGCUUCUGAUGUGCCCGAAAUUACAAUGACAGUUUAUGAUGACACUGACGAAGAAGAAUUCCCUAAUCGCCAUUCUGCUAAACCAGUCAUGGAUUAUUCUUCUUCAGCUAGUGAAGAAUUUGCAUUGAGUGUUGAGCAGCCAGCCUGCAGACCUUCGAGAGAGUUUAUUGCAACGAAGUUUGAUGACCAAGGAUUGAUUGAUUCUAGUAUAGUGCCAGUGGAUGCUACCGGCACAAAGUCUUGCAUUGCGGAGAGCAGCUCAGAAACUGAGUUUCUUAUUAGAAGCAACAUAAAUCUAAGUAAGCCCUCGAAAACCAGUUCAAAUGAAAUUGAUAUCGAAAAAAUGUCCCCCGCAAACUUCGGAGGGUGUUCAUCUACAAAAAUUAUAAGCCUUAAAGAGAAGAACGAGGAGCUGGUAAAAGAGCUGUUUCACUCAAUUCAAGACUUUUGCGUAACGGAGAGGAGAGCGGAAGGACUCGAAGAUAAACUGAACAGGCUAGCAUGCAACUUGAAAAUUGAGAAAGCAAGAGCAGAGCAUGAGCAUCUGGUGGCUAAUGAUCUUGAAAGAAAUGUCAGUGCUCUAAAGCAGUUACAAUCACAGCUUCAAGAAGAUCUAGAGAGAGCAAGGGAGCAUUCUAGGUGCAAAGACUAUGAAAAUAACAUUUUAAAGAUGAAGCUUGAAUCCAUCAUUUCCUAUAUAAAGGAGAGAAGAACGCAAGAUAUUGUUUGUACCUCUGGCGAUAAUAUUGAUGAUGAACUCUUUAAGGUGGUAGAAAGCAGUGAAAACGUUCUACAAGAAAUCAAAGCUGACGGGGAAAGUGGCUUUAGUUUAGAAAAAGAUCUUUUAAAAGACAAGUUGCUGCUGAUAAGUGAAAAAACUGAAUUAAGAAAAAAGGCAAGAGAACUUCAAUGCUCGAAUGAAUACUUCGAAAAGAAGGUUAUAAAACUUAACAGCGAAUGUGUUAAAAAAGCUAAAGAAAAUAGAAUAUUGCAAGAAAAGCUAGAAGAAUUAAAAGCAGAGUUUCACUGUGAAAAACAUUCAAGACUUUCCGACAUUGAAAAAAGUUCCUUUGUUAAAACUAAUUUUGAUGGUAUAGAAAUUGGUACUUGCAAUCCUGUUCUGUCAAAAACAGAAGAUGCUGAAGGCCCUUCUCAUCCUGGAGUAAACGUUGGUAGCCAAAAGUCAUUUGAGGACAAGCCUGUAUGCUGCCAGUUUGAAAAGAUGGAUAGAGCUUUUGGUGAAGGAUCCUGUUGUUUGCAGUUUGAUAACGCACCUACUGAAAUCCCAAAAGACAAUCAUACUAAAAAAAGAAAAAUUGCUGAGGAAUUAAAAUUGAGAUUUGUGGAUAAAAGUGAAGAAUUAAAAAAGGAAUUGAUUCAGGCUCGUACUGACUUGCAGUUAGAAAAGGAGAAAGUUCGCAGACUGUCACUUCAUGAUGAGCUAAAAGACCGAUUUGUCAUCUCUUUAGAAAGCUUACAAAAUGAGCUGAGUCUAUUAAAACGCAAGAAAGAGGCUUCUUUAACCUGUGCAAAAACAAAAGGAGAUUUUGACAAGUUGAUUCAGGAAGAAAAAACAAAAUUUGAUUCAAAGCUAAUGGAGCAGAACAAGACCAUAAAUCUGCUCCGGGAAUGCGUUUCCGAAACAAGGCAAAAUCAGAGUAAGUACAUGCAGCUCUAUGCAGAUGCCAAGUUGAAGGCUGAUAGGUAUGACGAACUGGUUGGCUCAAAUCUCCAAUUGGAAGAGGCUUUGAAUGAAGCAUACAAAAGAAUCGAUGAAUUGGAGCAUAGCGAUGAUAAAUAUGCAAAAAAUGAGCACCACCAGUUGGAUAUUGAGGGAAAUGCUGCCUACCCUACGGUUUACUUUGUUAGGAAUGGCACAGAUGAAGUUGAAAAAUUGGAAAAACUUGUGAAAUGCGAACAAUUAAUUGGAAAGAGACUACAGAAUUUGCGGGAAUCUGGAUCAAGCUUAGGUGCAGUUGAUUCAGGAUGUGAAGACAGCCCUGCAAAAUAUUUGAUUUUCAAUGAAAACCAGACGGAAAAAAUUGCCGAACAGCUUGCGAAUCUUCAAGGUGGCAAUGGAAAUUUUGCUGGAGUUAGAAUGGUUGAAGCCAGUCAUUCUCAGGGCCAACUGCUUUUAGAGCUCGAAAAUGCAAAGGCAAAGAUAAAGAAUCUGCUUUGCACAACUUCAGAUGUAAACGAGCAAAAACAGUACAUGGUUGAAAAAAUCGAGCAUUUAAAAAAAGAAAACACAAAACUUGCCGAAACAAUACGCGAAGCGGCAGGCAGAGCAGGCAGUGAUAAAGCUGCCACUGCUAGGAACAACAGUGAAGUAUCAAAUGAAAGCACCGAACUUGCAAGAGAGUUAUGGAAAACGCGUCAGUCGUUAGAAGAUUCAGAGAAAGAAAAUUUGAAGCUUAAAGAAGAGAUAAAAGCAUUAGAAGGAAAGUUUGUAAAAAUAAAAGAGAAAGCUGAGAAGUUUGCACAGAAUGAUGACACUAUGAUUUCCAUGGAAGAUAUUUUAGAAGAAAAUGCUAGCUUAAUGGAAACAAAUGAAGAAAUUAUGGAGAGAUAUAAUGAGUUGCUUAAAAAAUUAAACGGUUCUCCUGAUGAAAACGCUAGUAAUUAUAAGACGGAUGAAGAUAACCAAACAACAUCAUAUGAAGGAUCAGGUAUUGCUGGUCAGGGUAGUGAUAGAUACAAAGAAAAGAAUACAAAAUUAGUUGGUUUCAGUGAUGGUCUUUUACAUGGAGAAAUAGUAAAUUCCGCGUUUGAGCAGAACCGAAGAAACACUUUGAUCUCAUCAGAUAUAAAGCUUUCAGAUUUGGUCAGAGCAAUGAAUUCUGAUACAAGUGGUGACGAUACUGAUGACGAUAUUGACGAUCACGAGAUUAUAGAGCACGUUCGCCGUGCCUCGAUCAGAUACUACGAAGGAGGCUGUAAAGAGGACGGCUCUCUUUUGGAAGAAGUAGACAAGUUAACGCAUGCAAACAAUUCCUUGAAGGAUAAGGUAGCUUUCUUGGAAGGCUGGACAGAUAAUUUAAAUGAGGAACUUUUGCGACUGCAGACCGACCUUGAAGCCGUUGAAAAUGAUAAAAAAGCGAUCAAUGAAAAGUUGCAGCGUCAAAUAAGCAAAUGUAAUGCAUUGGAAAGUGAUAUUGAUAAUCUACAAAAAGAGGAUGCUGUUUUUAUAGAUAAUAACAAGGAAGGAAGCGCGUCCCUGAGCUCGAUUCAAUUCAAAGACGGUCCUAUUGUCAACAAUGAUAACACGCUUGUUGGUGAGAGUGAGAGAGAAGAGCUGCUGGAACUGAAGGAAAAGUACGCCUCCAUGCAAGCACAUGCAGAAGAGUGGAAUAAUGAACUAUCUGAGAAAAUAAUCGUCUACGAGUUUCAAAUCAACCGCCAUCUUAUAAGAUUUGGAAGAUAUGAGAAAGAAGAUGAGAUUUUGUUUGAGGAAAAGGAGAAAAGCAAUUCACUCCACAAUCGUAUGACGCAUUUACAGGACGAAAACAGUUCUUUGAAAGACGAAAAUGAACGGCUUGAAGCAACCGUUGAAGUUCUUGGGAAGGAGAAACAAGACCUUCUUAGGAUAAGAGAACAAUACGAUGAACUUAGAGCUGAGAAUCUUACAAUGAAGCAAAACGAAAAUAAAAGACAUUUAAAAGAACAACAGUUGUCAGACCUGCAAAAGAAGUUGGAUCAGAUUUCAAAGGAGUACGAAUCAAAGAAAUCUGAAGUAGACGUAUUGAAAGAAACUGAAAAAGAAUUGGUUAAGGAAAAGGAGAAAAGCAAUUCACUCCACAAUCGUAUGACGCAUUUACAGGACGAAAACAGUUCUUUGAAAGACGAAAAUGAACGGCUUGAAGCAACCGUUGAAGUUCUUGGGAAGGAGAAACAAGACCUUCUUAGGAUAAGAGAACAAUACGAUGAACUUAGAGCUGAGAAUCUUACAAUGAAGCAAAACGAAAAUAAAAGACAUUUAAAAGAACAACAGUUGUCAGUCCUGCAAAAGAAGUUGGAUCAGAUUUCAAAGGAGUACGAAUCAAAGAAAUCUGAAGUAGACGUAUUGAAAGAAACUGAAAAAGAAUUGGUUAAGGAAAAGGAGAAAAGCAAUUCACUCCACAAUCGUAUGACACAUUUACAAGACGAAAACAGUUCUUUGAAAGACGAAAAUGAACGGCUUGAAGCAAACGUUGAAGUUCUUGGGAAGGAGAAACAAGAACUUCUUAGGAUUAGAGAACAAUACGAUGAACUUAGAGCUGAGAAUCUUACAAUGAAGCAAAACGAAAAUAAAAGACAUUUAAAAGAACAACAAUUGUCAGACCUGCAGAAAAAGUUGGAUCAGAUUUCAAAAGAGUAUGCACUGAAAGAAACUGAGGUGAAUGAAAGAAGGGAAGCUAGCAAAUACCUUGAAAUGGAACAAAUGAGGAACGAGAAGCUUCAAAUUGACAUAAAAGCCUUACAUCAACAGAUCACAGUUUUAAAGGACGAAAAUGAGAUUCUGUCUCUCAAUUCCUUUGAGUUAAGAGAAAAUUUGGAAAGAAAUUCAUAUAGUUUAAAAAGUUUCACACAAAAAUGUGCAAUACUAGAAUCGGAAAUUAUGGAGUUGAGAGAAAAAGCCAAUUGGGUUGAUAUACUAAAAGAAGAAAACAAAGAGCUUGUUUACCAAAUUGAAUUCACUGGAGAAGAACUUAGAAGCUGUAGGAAUGCUGCAAUACAGAAUAAUGAGGAGAUAUCACAUCUGAAUGCCAAACUAUAUGAUUUGACAAAAAAGGAGGAAUUUGAGCAAACUAAGAAAGUAAGAGAGUCCGGGAUACUAGAGUCUAUUUGUGUCUUGAUAGGAGACAAACUAGAUGAAAACAAAGAACUUUUUAGCGAUGAGUUGGACCUCGGUAGAUGGUUAGUAUCGAACGAAGGGCAGCAUGACGAUGGUAAUGAUAAUGAUGUCAUCAGAAACCGCUAUGUAAGGAAAACCAUCAAACUUCUAUUUAGUGAAGUAAAGCAACUUGCUGCAAAGGCUGCACUGAUGGAAAAAGGUGUGGAAAGUCUAAACGAAUUAAGAGAAAAAUUCGAUUCAGUUCACAAAGAAAGUAUCAAAAUGAAGCAAAACGAAAAUAAACAUCGCUUGACAGAAAGGGAAUUAUUAAACAAGCAGCAAGAAUUAGCGUUGAUAUCAGAAAAUUCAGAGCAGAUAUUAAGGAAAAACCAUCUACUUACGAAAGAAAUUUCAUCUUUAACAGCGAGCAACGAGUGUCUUAAAAAAGAGAAUCAAACAAUGUCCAAGGAUACUUUGGAGCUUAAACAAAAGCUUUCUAGUACUCAUGAUGCUUUUAAAAAAGAAAAAGAACAAACCAGGUUAAUGGAUUUAGAGGCCAAGUUGCUGAGACAGGAGAUGAAUGCACUGAAAGAAGAAAAACGAGAACUUCUGAACCAGUCAAAUGUUUUAAAGAAGGAACUUGACGAAUGGAAAUGUUAUAUAAAGCAAAGUGAUAUUUUUCAGGCUGAACAAGAGAAGAAGAAUCAACAAUUAAACGAACUGUUGAAGGGAAAGGAAUCCCAGCUUUUUGAAAUCACAAAUGCUAUUAAUCUAAAAGUGAUGGAACUAGAACAGCUUGGGGCAGAAAAACAUGACCUUAGCUUAGCUCUUGAUAAAGAGAGAAAAAGCGUUGAGCUCGCCUGCAAGGCAAAUGAUGAGCUUAAGACUGAGAACGAGAGCUUAAAAUCGAAGGUUGAAUGCUACGAAGCGACAAGUGCAGAGAUAGAAGAGUUAAGAAAUUUCUUGAAAAGUGCAACUGAAAAUUUGGAGCAAUUUGAGAGCGAAAAAGAAAAACUGAGAGAUGAGCUGACCGAUGCGAAAAAACAGACAGCCAGUUACCAAGACCUAUGCGCUAACUUAAAAGCUGAUAUGGAUAGGGAAAAGGGAUUGAUUGAAAGUUUAGUAAAAGAAAAAGACAUACUUGAUAGCAAUUGUUGUAACCUUGUGAAGGAUAAUAAAGCUUUAAGCCAUAAAUUAAAGACUUACUUAUGCGAGAAGUCUCAGCUAGAAGAUGAAAGAAGUGCCCUUCAAAAGGAACUUGACCUCGUUAGGUCUGAAUUGGACCGAAAGGAAUCUCAAGAGGACGAGCUGCAGUUGCUCAAAUCAGAAUUAUUGAUGAUUAGGGGUAAAGCAAAGGAGAUUUGGAAUAAGUUGAUUGAAAUGAAGGCAGCUGCCGAACAUUAUUCAGCGGAAAACACUAAGAUUAACUCUUGUCUAAAUGAAGCCCGCGAGAAGAUGCGUUUUAUUCAAGAAGAAAACGCGGUAUUAACGCAGGAAGCUAUAAAGCUAACAACAGAGAAAGAUGCGCUCGAAAGCUUUAAGUUUGAAAGCUUUGAAAUGCAGAAGAGGCUAGAGAUCAAAACUGAGGAGCUUGAUAUCAUGCAAAAGAAGUAUGAUGAAUUGAGCAGAAGCUUAACAGCCUCGAAAAAAGAGAUGGAAGAGCUGAACCACAUGGAAAAUAUUCGUGAUCUUGAAAAUCAGCUUCUUGAAGCAGAAGAUGCAAAUGUUUGCAUUGCGAAUGAAAAGACUGCAAUAGAAGACCAGCUAAAGAAGGUUUUGAAAGAGAAUGUUCUACUCAAAGAUGAUAUCAGAAUUAAUGAUAAUAAUCGAAACGAAGAUUUAAGAGUGAUUGGAGACCUUCGUAAAGAAAUUAUGGACGUCAAAGAGAAGUUAGUGAUGUUAGAAGAAAAUAACGAUCAAAUUCAAGCUGUCUCAAGCGAGCGUGACGAAGCAGGAAGACGUUGCAUGGAGACCGAGAGGCAAACAUUUGAGAUAGACCUUCAAGAACAGCUGAAACGCAUCACCACAUUAGAGGAGAGCAUUGAAGAGCAGAAUAGAGUAAUUUGUGAAAAGGAACAAAAACUCCAGGAUUUGGUUUUUCAAGUAAAUUCUUUAACAGAGGAGAAGAAUGAAUUGCUACAACAGUCUUCUUUGUCAAAUGUUUCAUCGCAGAGAUAUGAAAUGAAAUUGCAGGAAAAGGAAUGCGCAAAGCAUAGUCUUGAGAAGAAGGUGGAAAAUCUUUUAGAAACUGUAAGAGAUUUGAAAUCAGUAAACGAGAAGAUGAAUCAACUCUACUCACAUUGCCUUGGAAACAACGAGAAACUAACGCAUCAACUAAGAUCAUUGGAAUGCAAACUCAGUGCAAGCCAAGAGCAACACGAUCAUCUUUGGGAAAAGUAUCGGGAAACCAGAAAGGAACUCAAGGAGCGUGAAUUGGAGCAAGCAAGGAACAAUGCUCUACAAAUAGAGUCUGGAAAGAAAACAGCAGCAGAACCGGAAAUGAGCCUUGAGGAAUCGAUUCAUGGGUCCAAAGAGCUACAGCGAGAUAUGGCUAGAAGGUUUCUCACCUCUAUCGCAAGAGCACAAUACUGUGAUGUCAAACCGAUUCUCAAACCGAAGGAAAAGUUUUUUCAAGAAUAAUAAGUAACAAAGGAAAAAUGAUAUCAAAUUGCUAAUUUUUUAAUAAAAACCAUAAAAAUAGGAUGAAAACGGGAGCCAAAAUAUUCUCUGAUCGUGUAGAUAGAUAAUAAUCUAUUUGAAGUAAACGUUGUGUAAACCCUUACCAAUAAUUUUGACCUAGCGAAUAUAAUACUCAAAUUUUGAAGUCUUUAUGUAUUCAUGUGCUUAGAAUUAAGGAUAAAACGAAAGUUUAAUGACAAAUGACAAGGAACAGCACUGGUUUUUUAAGCAAUGUAUGUGUUGAAGAUCAAACAAGGUUUUCAAAAGCAUUGCCCGCCCUGUAAAAACCUGAAAAAAUCCUAAUAAAAGCACGCUCGCUACCUUAAUCAUUUUUUGCUAAAUUAUAAGCCUCUUCAUCUUUGGAUUUUCGUUGACUAGCAUUGCUCGUAGAAAGGUUGGCACUCAAAUAUUUAUUGAUCACUGGCAGUUGCCUUCAUAGUGAAGGUUAACGUUGAUAUCUACUGUGUACUUUUAUGAGAAGUUAGUCAAUUCACCAGUGAAGAGCAAUAACAAGACUGGGCAUUACGUCUGUAGAAGUCUGCAAAGUACGUCGAUAAGUAGUGGGUGUUGAUAGUUAUCUGCGUUAAUUUUUAUAUGCUCAUUGUUAUCAAUCACAGGAUUAGAAGGGUGGGACAAUCUAUCGCAGUAUUACGCAGACCAGCAAAUGUGACUAACAUUUGAAAAUUAUUAGAAUGGAACACAAUUUUAGAAUUAGAUUAUCAAUAAUGUAAGAAGGGCGGGGAGUUUCGUAAGAAAAGUUCAAUAACAAUGAUGUUGGCUGAGAAAAGAGCAAGAGAUUUUGAUUUCCCAUCGAAGCAGGUGUUAUGGAAAUAUGCGACACGGGCUAGCUUUGAUAGCAAAAUGAGCAUUUUUGCGCAUUUCUUCGACAUGUGAUAGGCAGGAAAUGUCUUGUUGCUAUGUCGAAUUUCAAGGCCACCAUUAACAGCACCCUAUACCAUACCAAAAAUCUUCGCCCCAGUUGCAGUCCACGCAAGACCAGAAUCUAGAUAGCAUAAGCCUGGCGCUUAAUGUAAUUGUUUUCUCUCAAAAAAGUUUUACAAUCUGCAUCUUAACAACCCUUAUUAUGAUUUGUUAUCAUUUGCUGCUAUCAGCGGCUGCAUCAUUUGUUAACCAUGCCUUGACAAAAUUUCUUGGCAGCUUGUGCAUAAGCAACACAAACUAACACGUCUUCUUUUUGUUUGGUAUAUCUGGCAAAUAGCAUCUGGUUUGUGUUUCAACCAUUUUAUACUUUUGACUGUUACCAGAGUAACCAUUAGUUUGAUUGAAAUUUUGAUGUCAUAUUGCAAAUCAGCAUACCUGAUUACCUUUUGAUAGCAAUUUUGAUAGCUUUUGGACCAGUAGCGCACCUUA